UGAAAAAUAACCCAAUUUUUUUAGAAAUUAUUUUUCGACAGACGCCGGUGUUUUUCAUUUUUUGCAUUUUUUUCGGAUUGGAGGGACGCCGGAACACCGGUGAAGAGGGAUUUAGACGGAUCCGCAGCAACACAAGGGGGUUUGGUGCGGGCCGAGAAGUCGAUGAACACCAUUAAUGGACUCGAACCUAUCUCCCUCGCUCAGCUAACCACUCGUGCGUAGCGCCCAUUGUGUUGCGCACUUCGGCUUCUUCUCUCUUUUAAUAUUUUCUUCUAUUCUUCCGCUACGGACCACGAAUAUAAAACAUGAAGACGAACGCGACGACGUCGUCCGUGAAAGCCUCAGCAGAGCCGGAAGCAGAAGUCAGUGCCUCCUCUCAUUCCAUCUCAGCCUCCGAGGCGCUUUUUGUACACCUGAUCUCUGGGCUGGGCCUCGGCCUGGCCGUCUUGCUGGCCCACUAUGUCUUCUCCGUCAACCUCGUCUCUCAUCCUUCUCUCACUCUCCGUCUAAUCUGGGUUAUUGAGUGCCCAAUUGUGAUUCUUCUCUACAGUCGUUACCGAAAGAAUCGCGAAGAUUGCUCGUACUUGAAAGCUGUGGGACGAGGCUUACUAGGACUUCCUGUUGGGGCUCUAGUAAGUGCUUUGGGAGCUAUCGCAUUGGGCACACCUGUUGGCACUCAGUACUUCUCAAAGACCAUUAGCUGGUCUCUAAUGAUGUCAUUGUUCACUAUUGUGCCUGCAGCUUCUGUAUUUGGUGUAUCAUGGAAGGAUUGGCAACGAAUAUUUGCACAUACAAAGCCAGUUGGAUCUGUUGAUCUUAUAAUUUGCCUUCCGGCACAUGGAGCUGUUAUUGGAGCUUGGUUUGGGGCUUGGCCAAUGCCGCUUGAUUGGGAAAGGCCAUGGCAGGAAUGGCCUAUUUGUGUGAGUUAUGGAGCAAUAGCUGGGUACCUGAUUGCAAUGGUGGCCUCCUCCUGCUUUAUCCUCGCACGUGCUACAUUGCAGCAUGUCAAACGAGACUAACAAGUAGCUUAACAAGAUAGACACAUUUCUGGAGAAAAUUUUUUUUUUCCCCUUUCAUUAGAAUUUCCUGAUCUAAGAAUGUAUUUUCAAUACCAAGCAUAGUGGGGUAAUAGUGUGAUAUAUAACAUUACUCUUUACCGAUGUGGAGCUUUGAGUAUGUAGUUUUAGUGGAUUCAAGCUUUAAGCAGGGCCGAAACAAUAAUUUACAUGGUAGCCAGCUGCACUCCCAGCUUGGUCAUUUUCAUUCCACAUAAGGCUGUUAACGAGUUGAGCUUGAGCAUGUACUGCUUGCUCGACCUUGACUUAUUUAAGUUUUAUUUGAGCUCGAGCUUGUGAUGUGCCGAGAAAUUGGCCUUUUAUAGAUGAUUAAGGGUAAGAAUUCUUGUUGCUUGUUCAAUGUGGGACAAGUCAGAUUAGUUGAACCCUUAGCAACAACAUGAUGUUAAUUAUCUUUAAUUGUUUCUUCUCGUGCGAAGCCAUAUAUAUAGAUUGACAAGCUAAAGUUGCUAAGAAGAAAAUUGAAGCAAUAAAUGAGACAAAUAAGUCGGUCACUUUCAAAGUGUUGAAGGAGAUCUGUUGCAGGAGCACAAGAGCUUCAAGAUCAUUGUUCAAGCUACUCCCAGGGAUGAGGGCAGCUUGAUGCAUUGGAGCACGGAAUAUGAAAGCUGAAGGAUAUUCUAGAACCCAAUACAUUGUUUCAGUUUGUAAUUGAUGUCAGCAAAGGCAUUGAUGCUUACCUUCACUAGCCAUAAACAAAAUGGUUAUUUUGCGUCUUGUUACUAUGUCCUUCUACAGUAAAUAGAUCAGGAGUGUUAUAUG